AUGGACUUGGAGAUUAAGAGGGAAAAGAAGAAGAAGAAGAGAGCAGUAUUUGGUCAACCUAAGAUCAAGUGGGGUGCCUUGAUUGAGGACAAAGCUCAGGCAUUGGGGGAGAAGUUGUUAGAUAUGGGGGUUUGGAGGAGUUGCGGGGACGCGAGUAGUAUGUGGACCUCGACAACGAAUUGCAUUAGGGAAGCUUCUAGAGCGGUGUUAAGGGUCACGAAGGGUUUUUCCAGGGGCCACAAAGGUGAAUGGUGGUGGAUUGGAGAGGUACAAGGUAAAGUAGAAGCCAAUAAAGUGGCAUAUAUGAAGCUAGUGGAGAAUGCCGACGAAGAGGAAAAGAGGACGCUUAGGGAGUGUUAUAAGAAGGCUAAGAAAGAGGCAAAGUUAGCGGUCACGGCGUCUAAGACCGCAACAUUUGAACGCAUGUAUGCGGAACUUGGGGGUAGAGGCGAUGAUAAGAGACUGUUCAGUUUAGCCAAGGUUCGAGAGAGGAAGGCUCGGGACCUGGACCAAGUGAGGUGCAUCAACGACGAGGAUGGCAAGGUAUUGGUGGAAGAGGCGUGCAUUAGGCGCAGGUGGCAGUCAUACUUCCACAAAAUCUUGAACGAGGAUGGGGACAGGAACAUUGUGCUUGGCGAGUUGGAGAUAUCAAAGAACCAACGUUAUUUUAGGUUUCGUAGGCAUAUUAAGAUUGAGCAGGUUGAGGAGGUAAUACGGAAGAUAAGUAGAGGUAGGGCGACUAGACCAAACGAGAUCCUGGUAGAAUUAUGGAAGGUUGUGGGCCGGGUAGGCUUGGAGUGGCUUACUGGACAGUUUAACGUCAUUUUUAUGACUAAGAAGAUGCCCGAAGAAUGGAGAUGGACUUUGAUGGUCCCGUUAUACAAGAACAAGGGUAAUAUCCAAAUUUGUAACUAUAGGGGUAUUAAGUUACUGAAUCACACUAUGAAAGUGUGGGAGAGGGUGGUUGAGAGGAGGGUGGGGAGGAGUGUGUCUAUUUUAGAGAAUCGGUUCGGAUGUUGGGGCGUUCGACCACAGAAGCUAUUCAUCUUGUUAGGAGGUUGA